AUGGCGGGCGCACAGCGAGGUUCGCGCGUUGUUUUCGUCGGCAACAUCCCGUACGACAUGUCUGAGGAGCAGCUCACCGACGUCUUUCGCGAGGUGGGUAAGGUCGUCGGUUUCCGACUUGUCAACGAUCGAGAGACGGGCAAAUUCAAGGGGUAUGGCUUUUGCGAGUUUGAAGACCCCGAGACGGCGGCGUCGGCAGUACGAAACCUGAACGAAGUCGAGGUUGGAGGCCGACCUCUGCGCAUUUCGUUUGCCGAUAUCGAUCCGCUGAUGGAAGGGCGUUCGACGCAACACGGUCAAUUUGAUCAGGAUGAUCUGCGCAGAAGAGCUGCGGCAGCCGGACGAGCAGGUAGACCAGGCACAUUCGGUCAUGGCGGGACAGCGAGAGGAGGCGGAAUGGCAGGUGGAGGCGGAUGGCAACAACGUGGUCCUGCGGAUAGCGGGUUCGGACAAAGGCAGUUUGGUGGCCCGCCUGGAGGGCAGGCGUACGGUGGACCAGUUGGAGCUCAGAUGGGCGGUGGUGCGCCUGGUGGCUAUGCUGGUGCAGGAGCUGCAUCGAUGGGCGUAGGAGGUGGGCCAUACACAUUGCCUGCUAACCUUCCUGCUGGCGUGCCGCUACCUGCAGGUGUCGGCUCGACAGAUGCUAUCACACAGACACUGGCGACGCUGCCGCCAAACCAACUGCUCGACAUUAUGAGCCAGAUGAAGUCGCUAGUGGCUACUUCGCCCGAUCAAGCGCGCGCUCUGCUCACUGGUCAUCCGCAGCUGGCAUAUGCCCUGUUUCAAGCGAUGCUCAUGAUGAAUGUCGUUGAUCCCGACAUUCUUCAACGCAUUCUUGCCGCCUCUGGUGCGGUGCCCGGUGCUGUGGCCGCGGCGGCGGCCAGUGUACCGCCUCACAUGCAGACGCACUCAGGCGCUAGCAACGGCUCUGCAACACCGCCUCAACGCUACGGCACUGCGGCAGCUGCGACAAGGUACGCUGCACCAGCGCGCCCACCGCCGACGUCGUACGCGCAACCAGGCUAUGGCGGUGCACCCAGCGCACCUGCAGCCAACGACGCAGUAGCAGCACUGGCAGGGCAGAACUUGCCCGAAGAACAGAAGGCACUUCUUAUGCAGGUCUUGCAGCUCACACCGGACCAGAUCAACGCUUUGCCUCCGGAUCAAAAAGCGAGCAUUCUGCAGCUCAAGGCUCAAUUCGGUCAAGCGUGA